UUCUGCCUCCAGGUUGCCAACCUUCUGCGGCUCUUCCAGAUCCCUCAGAUAAGUUACGCCUCAACCAGCGCCAAACUCAGCGACAAGACCCGCUACGACUACUUUGCCCGCACCGUGCCCCCGGACUUCUACCAGGCCAAGGCCAUGGCCGAGAUCCUGCGCUUUUUCAACUGGACCUACGUGUCCACGGUGGCGUCGGAGGGCGACUACGGUGAAACGGGCAUAGAAGCCUUCGAGCAGGAAGCCCGCAUGAGGAACAUCUGCAUCGCCACUUCGGAGAAAGUGGGACGUUCCAAUGCCAAGAAGUCCUACGAAGCCGUGAUCCGCCAGCUUCUCCAAAAGCCAAACGCCCGCGUGGCAGUCCUCUUCCUGCGCAGCGACGACGCCAGAGAACUCCUGGCAGCCGCUGCCAGACUGAACGCCUCCUUCAUCUGGGUGGCCAGCGACGGAUGGGGGGCGCAGGAGAGCAUCGUCAAGGGGAACGAGGUGACCGCCGAAGGAGCCAUCACGCUGGAACUGUCGGCCAAUCCUGUGCCGGAGUUCAACCGCUACUUUCUUAGCUUGAACCCGGAUAAAAACCUCCGAAACCCUUGGUUUAGGGAAUUCUGGGAGCAAAAGUUCCAGUGUUCCCUGGGUAGCGGCGGAGAGAUGCUGCUGCCCCCGUGUGACAGGAACUUAUCGAUCGACAAGAGAAACUUUGAGCCCGAGUCCAAGAUCAUGUUUGUGGUGAAUGCAGUCUACGCCAUGGCUUUCGCCCUCCACAAUAUGCAACGGAACCUUUGCUUCAACACCACCAGACUGUGUGACAGCAUGAAGGCCUUGGACGGCCGCAGACUCUACAGGGACUUCAUCCUCAACGUCAGCUUCCCAGGUUUAGAGGUGCUUAUUCCUCCGCCGAGCGUGACUCGGGGACGGCAUGAAAACAACGCUAACAGGACAGCUUUGCCUCGGCACCCUGGGGAGGCCGAGCAAAGGGGGGGGCGGGUGGCUGGAGGACAAAGGACGUCCCCGCAAAGUCUGAUCGUCUCCUGGCCCUCGUAA